AUGCAGAACGUCUUAGCAUCCCUCUUCGUCCUUCCUGCGCUCGCUAGCGGUGUACUCACCAAUGCCUGUCUUCCUCGGAACCCCUUUUCAGCGCCUUGCUUCGUCGUUGGGAACGCGCCAGUACCGCCGUCAUUCCGACCGACAGUCGAUGAGCUAUCCAAAACGAUAACAUGCGAUUCGCGCAGGACCAUAGGCAACGUGCCAGACGUCCACACGUCGGGCCUAUCCUUCUCGAACAUCUUCUUCACUUUCUCGCCUACCACCCCACUUCAGUUUGCGAUCGAUAGCUUCACGCCUCCAGACACCAUCUCACUUGAUACCCUGGGGACUUGGCAGCAGUAUCUGGACCUCUUCACGGCGACUGAGAUCGGAGUAAGGAGCGAGGAUGGAAAUUUGGAUACCGUGAUGGUCGUGAGACUAUUCUUAGAUAUUCAAGUGGCGAGGAUCAAGAGGCGGCUAGGGCACGAAGGUGAUCCACGGAAAGGGAGAAGCAUUGAAGAACUGAUUGGCGAAUUGGCGGAUGAAGUGCUUCGAAGCACGUAUGUGCGGGAUCGAAGGCUGCUGAAAGAGAUAUUGUUGUUGGACAAUCUCUGAGACAUCUUUCAUCUGAUAUGAAUUCGGACAUUCGGUAUCAGACUGGAGUCUCCGGAUCCAUU